AUGACGACACCUACACCGUCAAACAACACGCCCUCCAGGCACCUCCCCACCUUCUCUUCCCCCGCGCCGCGUAGCGUCCCUCCCACCGGCGGCACCAACAUGCUUUCCUACGACUCACCCGCGAUGCUCAAUAUGCUCCACGAUGCGAGCUCAGGCAUGGGCGGAGUGGGCAUGGGCAUAACCAUGAGCGGAUUAGGCAUGUCGAGUUUAGGCAUGAGCGCAAGCUCAAUGGGGCGCGCGGAUGAAGCGGAGCGCAGUCGAAGACUACAAAAAAUACUGGAGGUUAUUCGCAAGAAGCCAGGGCGCGUUAGUGAACAAAGCCUGUUGUUCCUGUGCAAGGUAUCGGGUGUUCCAUACGAGAAACACCCUGACGAGCCAGGCACAUGGAUACUGGUCAUCGGUGACGAAGGAGUCUGCGACGUCACCUUUCUCAACAACGAGAUCGAGAAUGUCAAGUUGCAAACCAACCUCGACGAAGAGAGACCCGAGCUCCACUUCGGCGCGACGGGGUCCAAGAUUCUUACAAAAAGUUUAAGACCUCUUCCCGGGCAAAGCAAGCUCAACGUCACACUCGAACGCUUUUCAGAGAACCUGCAGAAGCUUUUGACCAUGGACAAGCUAGGCGCGCCGCAGAAUGGUGGCGUCAGCUGUUACAAUGCGAUUGCGGGCGUUUAUGCGAGCUUGAGGAAGCUCUUUGAGCAUGAGAAGAAGACGGAUCUCGCGACCAGGUCGCCAGACGAACGGCACAGGAAUCAUAGAGCGGAGAGGGAAGUGCUCUGCAAAAAGAGCGGACGCCCGAGACUCAACGGCGGAUCGUGUCUGGGACUCAGUCUGGACUACUGGAUGCACCGGCGGCACGUCAUACCCCAUUCGCUGACUACACCGUCUGCCAUUCUCGAAGACGGCGACCCGGAUAUCCACCAAGUGUAUUCUCUAUCCAUAGAAUGCGAAUCUUCCCCCUCCACACUCUACACGCCUAUCCGCAUAUCCAACGACUGGAUCAGCGACGCAAUCGAGAAGCCCGCCGACGCAAACGACGCUCAUGCGUCCAUCGAUAAUAUCCUACACAACACCCCGUCAAUUGAUUGGCUCGAUCCAAAGCCAACGUACCUCGAGCCUUUGGCGCAGGUACACGAUGCCAUAGGCCUUGAUUCCGCUGCGGGGAGAUUGCCGAAUAUACGGUUCGUGGCAAAGUUCAACCCGCCUCUUGUAGUCCCGCUAGCGGUGCAUAUACAAUUAUCUCAGAUUGUGGGCAUCGAGCCGCGCACAGAGGACUUUAGGGCUACGACAUUCGUGGGCCUGGCACUGCGACCCGCGGAGGUGGAUCCAGGCAUGACGAACACGACGGGAGAAUUCACACACGAGAUCCGCAACAGCAGGUCUAUGCUAGUUAUCGAACGGGCAGGGAAACAGUUUACGAGGAUGCACAACACGAGCCUUUACGUGCCGACGAUGGAAUACUCAAGGACACUCGAGAGCCUGCCGUUCAGCCAUCCAAAGCAGAUUGUCGAGAUCUUGCCCGUCCUGAGGCAGUACGCAGCCACGACAGCCGUGCUCAAGGACCCUUUCUUCGAGAAGGGGCCAAAACCACCCCGCUUUUUGCCAGCCCCAGGGGGCGUGUGGGGACCGCCUCCCACGCCGCCGCCAGAAAAUCCCAAAAUCACAGGGCCGCCGUUGCAGGUCGACGUCAGCCUCUCGUAUACACCGCCUACUCCGCGCCUCACAAUCCACAUUCCCCAUCCACACACCAUCAAUGAAAACAGUGAAGGUAGUGAAGCAUGCGGAUCGGCUAUCCUGGGCCGCCUGUUCGAGCUCCUCGAUAGCAGCUGCAAGCCCCCGCUCAGCGUGACGGUGGACGUGCAUGUCAAUGGCGAGCUCGUGGUCAGCGAGCAGAAUCUGCUGUCUGUGCCUGCGCUGAAAGGCAGUGCCGAGGGAGCUGGGGAAGCCGAGGGGAAAGACGCAGACGCAGACGCAGAUGUAGACAUGGACGAGGCAGAGAAGGUCGAGCAAAAGGUCAAGCGACUGGGUAAAGCGCUGGACAUUUGUGGAGAUGUGGGUGUUUGGGGGGAGUGGUUGAGACGCGAGGUUGUGCAGUUGGAGGAAGGGAGUGACGGUGAAGCAGGGGAUAAUAACACUGGUUAG